UAUGGCAAAGAAAGUGUCUGAUCGCAAUGGAGAACUACUCAACUAUCGAGAAAAUAGCUAUGGAGCGAUUUGCUAAAACGAAAGACUUCCGGGCUUGAAUUGCAAAGAUCUGUGUUUUGUGCUCUUACGACUUCCUGUCCGAAGACCCUCACAAAAACACUAUCUGAUGCACGGAAAUUUUUCUCGAAUCAAAAGCUCGACGAAAUGCCAACAUCGACUUUACUGCUGAUAUUUUCAGUAUCUAUCAACGUCAGCGUUGGGUUAUUCUUUUUUCUUGUGCCUGUGUUUAGACGAUUCUUUACUUCCCGGUGGAUUCUUUGCCAGCGCGUCUCCAAGCUUUUGCAAGAAAACCCAAGUCUUGUUCGUAAAUUUUUCCGUGAUGAGAUCUUCACGAUCUUUCUCUUUCUGUGUGGCAUCGUUCUCUUGAUAUCCGGUCAUACUCUCAACGACCCGUUCCUAUCAACUGAGCCAACGGUACUCUACAUCUUUGCCAUCUACCUAGGUCACUAUGUGUACAAAGUCCUGCAAGAUUUCCUUCUCAGAGACAAGAUCCCGCCAUUUAAAAUUAACCUUCUUCACCAUCUUGUGACGAUAUCGACUUAUAUGGUAUUUUUGUAUUAUCAGCAAAAUGGUAUUUCUGGUUUGAAUGGACUGCUGUUUGAAGGGAGUGUGAUAUUUGUGGAUUUGGCUACGUUUUUACGCCGGCUUGGUAUUCGCAAAAAUGACUAUUUACACAUUAGCUGUGUUCUUUUUGGUUUCAUUUUCGCUGUGGUAUUCCGAGCGUUUUCUCCGUUACUGAUUUUGACAAUUUCAUUGUUGAAACACAACCCCUUAAAGAUGGACUAUUUACCACUGGGAUUUUUCUUUAUGAAUAUAGUAUUUUUUUCGAUGACGAAUGGCUGGCUUGUCAAAAGCUCAUUCGAGAGCUUCAGACGGCGGAUUGUAACUAGGAGAAUUAUCAAUGAGCUCGCCCGAGCCCGCGACAUGAGCUCAUUUUCACCUGACCGUGAAGCAAGAGUUGGGGGACUGGUACUGAACAAUUCUGCCCCUUCGACCCAGUCCACCCGACAGCCUCUGAGUAUUGUUAUUCCAUCCAAUGAGAGCUUCAGACUCGCUCCGCCUGUAUCUAAUGUUAAUAUGAAUGGUGGCGGGGACAGCCUGGUAUCUAACCUCACCACUUGUCGACACGAAAGAACAAUACCGAGAUUCGAUGUUAUCGUUAACAACACACCGUCGACGACUACAUCAACAACUUUGACAAGUUUCGUGUGACUCGCGAAGUCACUUCAAAAACUUAAAUCAAAACAACUCUACCUUUAAUGGUUUUUGAAAUAAUCAAAGACGACCGGAGCAAAUCAGCUCAAAAAAGAAGAAAAGAAUUAUGCUUUAUUGAUUAUACGAGACUGCCUAGGGAAAUUGAUAUGCGCGCAAUGAGUCAGCGCAAGUGACGAGGAAGAAUACGCUUAGUGCUCGUCAAGGCGUUAAAGGGGAAGGGUCAUUAUCUGCAUUCUUCUUCGCAGCUUAUCUUACACCAUGGUGAACCUAAAUCAACCGCAAAAUUGUUAGCAAUAAAUAAGAUAAUUUAAAGAAGUGAUAAAAAGCCUGACAAACAUCCUCGGAAACUCAGGGCGACAAGAGUAUGCGCGAAGACGGAAGACAGGAAAAGAGGCCUUUUUUCCCCUCUUUCUUUCGUCUACGAUCGUUCUCCAGCUUCCGGUUUCCACGCCGCCCUGGCUCCCCGAGGAUGUCCGACAAGAGCAUUUCUUUGAAGUGUUGAAUAGCCGAGGUUUGAUAUAUAGCGACUGGGAAGGAGACUCGUAGGUAGGGAGUCCCUUCAAGUGGAAAAAGGUUUUUUUUUUUUCAAUCCCCUCUAGAGGUCGGAGGUCCGUCCACUGGAGCCAACACAACGUAGAAUUGUUCCCUUAAAUGGACCACAGAUAUUCUAUCUUAUUUGCCAUUUGUAAUAAGAUUCGACGUAAAUAAAAAUGGAAGGGGCAGUUUAA